AUGGACCAACGCUCUCCACCGCAAAUGCCCAUCGACUAUUCCAAGUUUGACGGCUGUGGCGAGGAGGAAGACGAAGGUUCCCUCGAUCAAGGUGACUGGCAACAACUGCUGGAGCUCUUGAAGGCCGAGGCUCCUGAGGCGCAUGAAGCCGACCCUCGCCGAACUCGCUUCUUUCAGGACGGGCUGGAUUUCGGGGACGACCUGGGCUACCAUCUCGGGUAUGACCUAGGCGUGGAGGAGCCCGACAUGGAGGACGAGUCGGUGAGCUUGCCUUUCGACGUGUUGCACCUGGAGGCUUGGCAGCUCCUCCGCCGGCGCAUCUUGUCGCCGAAAGCCGCCGUGCUAGGAGCCGACUCCCUGCAGAGGGGGCUGCUCAUGGAGGCGGAGCUUCUCCUUCAGCAGCGAAGGCACCGUGAGGCAUUCCUGGCUGCCUGGGCUUUGCGCUUCUCCGCCGGCGAUGAGGCACAGGUUCCCUCCCUCCCAGCUGAGCUGCCUCAGCUUGAUCCUGCAGCAUCCGUUCCACCUGAGUGUUGGUCGGCCUCGUGUGCCGUUGUGGAGAUGGUCUGUGCCUACCAACUCGGCGACCGCAACCAUGCAGUGGCUCUGCGAGAGGCACUGCUGCAAGCGGAUCGCAGCCUGCUCUCAAGGCACCUCCAGAAACGAUUUGAAGGGACUGCCGAGGUUCUGGACUUCAUGCCUCAGUUCUUGAGCCUCCUGGCAGCAGAUCGUGGCAAGAAGGGGACACCAGGGACUGGAUGA